AUGAAAGUAUUAUCUGAAGGACAAUUAAGGUUUUGUGUUGUUCAACCAAUACAUCUCACGUCAUGGCUGCUCAUAUUCUUCAUUCUGAAGUCUAUCUCUUCUCUAAAACCUGCCCGACUUCCAAUUUAUCAAAGGAAACCUUUUAUAGCUGCUUGGAAUGCUCCAACGGAUCAGUGUUUGAUAAAAUACAAUAUAGGACUAAAUUUGAAAAUGUUUCAGGUGAUUGGAAGCCCACUGGCCAAGGCCAGGGGGCAAAAUGUCACUAUAUUUUAUGUCAACAGAUUGGGAUACUAUCCAUGGUACACAUCACAGGGGGUUCCCAUUAAUGGGGGUCUCCCCCAGAACAUAAGUUUGCAAGUACAUCUAGAAAAAGCUGACCAAGAUAUUAAUUAUUACAUCCCUGCUGAAGAUUUCAGUGGACUUGCUGUUAUAGACUGGGAAUAUUGGCGACCCCAGUGGGCCCGUAACUGGAACACAAAAGAUGUUUACAGACAGAAGUCAAGAAAGCUGAUUUCUGAUAUGCAAGAGAAUGUAUCAGCUACUGAUAUUGAAUAUUUAGCCAAAGCAACAUUUGAAGAAAGUGCAAAAGCUUUCAUGAAGGAAACCAUUGAACUGGGAAUGAAGAGUAGACCCAAGGGCCUCUGGGGUUAUUAUUUAUAUCCUGAUUGCCACAAUUAUAAUGUUUAUGCCCCGAAUUAUACUGGGUCAUGCCCAGAAGAAGAAGUUUUGAGAAACAAUGAGCUCUCUUGGCUCUGGAAUAGCAGUGCUGCUUUAUAUCCUUCUAUUGGUGUCAGAAAAUCUCUUGGAGACAACAAAAACAUUUUGCGCUUCUCGCAAUUUCGAGUGCAUGAAUCCAUGAGGAUCUCUGCCAUGACAUCCCAUGACUAUGCUCUGCCUGUAUUUGUCUACACAAGGCUAGGCUACAGAAAUGAACCUUUAUUUUUUCUUUCUAAGCAAGAUCUAAUCAGUACCAUUGGAGAAAGUGCUGCCUUGGGAGCUGCAGGCAUUGUCAUCUGGGGAGACAUGAAUUUAACUUCAUCUGAGGGCAACUGUACAAAGGUGAAGCAGUAUGUGAGUUCUGAUUUAGGGAGCUACAUAGUCAACGUGACCCGAGCGGCUGAGGUGUGCAGCCUUCACCUCUGUAGGAGGAACGGGAGAUGCAUAAGGAAGGUAUGGAAAGCUCCAGAUUACCUUCACCUGAACCCUGCAAGUUACCACAUAGAGGCCUCCGCAGAUGGAGAAUUUAUUGUGAAAGGAAGAGCAUCUGACACAGACCUGGAAGCGAUGGAGGAGAAAUUUUCCUGCCAUUGUUAUCAGGGGUAUGAAGGAGCCGACUGCAGAGGGACGAAGACGGCCGACGGCUGCUCUGGGGUUUUCUCCUUUUCUGGCUCACUAAUAACACUGAGCCUGCUGCUUUUAGCAGGUUCUCAGAGCGCUCGGUUGUGAGAGAAUUGAGUUUAACGGGAACUGUAUGGCCUGUAGUCACUUAGAGAAGAGAUGAAACUUAGGAUGGUUUUUUUUUUUUCUUAUGAAAUCCAUUGAGAGAUAUCAUAAGUAGACAUUAUGUAUGUCCCUUAACAUAAACACAAACAUAUUGCUUUAUUUGGCUCUGAUUUGGCUAAGAAACCAGAUCCAGGAAUAAAAUCAGUGCAGUCUUCUUCAUUACUGGAAUGUUUAAGUUGUAUUUAAACUAGACCUAGUAUAUUUUAGUCUUUAUAUGAACAUGUGUGUGUGUAAAUAUACAUAUUAAAUUAUUGAUUUCAAAG